CCUCCUGAAUACCUCUCUACCUCAGCAUGUUAUAGUUAUAUAAGUAUGCACUUUUUCAUGGAGGAGAGCCUGUAGUGCAGCGAGACUUUUUCCCCACCCUGCAGAGACGUGAGGCUCCAGCGGGGCAACAGGUGUUCCGUCGGUACAAGCAGUUUUGUCUCCAGCAGUCCUCUCCUGUCUGUAUUCCAUCUCCUCGUCCUCCUCCUCCUCUUCCUCUUCCACGUCCAUCACUCCACUAUGUCUCACGACAUUUUGCAACGCCUCAGCACCUUGACCUUGAACAUCAAGCACCUUGGCCGCAUCCCCCACCUGUCAGACUUCAUCCCUUCCUCCCUGCCGUUGCCCAGCCCCACCGUCACCGCCUCCCAGGUCCCCAGCCUGUUCCGAGAACCCUACAUCCUGUCAGGCUACCGUCCCAUCCAACAGGAUUGGCGCUGCUACUUCCUCAGCCUCUUCCAGAGGCACAAUGAAUCCCUGAACGUGUGGACUCAUUUGCUUGCAGGUCCUGUGCUGCUGCUCCGCUGGUGGGCCAACAUAGGCGCCCUUGGGUACACCUUGGAUGCAGCGUCUCUACCUCUGAGCCUCUUCUUGGUGUCUUCUUUCACCUAUCUCUUCUUCAGUGUGGCAGCUCACCUCUUGCAGUCUCAUUCCAAACACGCACACUACUUCUUCUUCUUCAUGGACUAUGUGGGUGUAGCUGUGUAUCAGUAUGGUUGCUCACUUGGACAUUAUUUCUACACAUCAGAGCCAGCAUGGAGGGAAAGCUGCAUAGGGCUGUUGUUUCUGCCUGGGGCAGCCUUCUUUGGGUGGCUCUCCUGUGCUGGCUGCUGUUUUGCCAAGUCCAGGUAUAGGCGGCCAUAUCCACUGCAACGAAAAAUCUGCCAGCUAAUUCCUACCACCCUAGCAUACCUGCUGGACAUCAGCCCUGUGGCCCACCGCCUCCUCACCGUCUCCUGGACACAAGAGCCCUCACUGCCCUUCCAUGCCCUCCAGAUUGCCUGCUUCCUGCUGUCUGCCCUCUUCUUCUCCUGUCCCGUCCCUGAGCGCUUCUUCCCAGGCCAAUGUGACUUUGUGGGCCAGGGUCACCAGAUCUUCCACCUUUUCCUGUCCCUGUGUACCGUGUUCCAGCUGGAGGCUUUAUUCCAGGACUAUGCCAGGCGGAGGGAUAUGGUGGUGGAGGUAUUUGGAGAGAGACAGCUGUGGUGGGGUUGUGUAUCCUUCCCCGCCCUGUUUCUGUGGUGCAUCCUGACAGCACUCGUCUCAAUGAGGCACAUGAACAAGCAACUGCAGGGUAAACAAGAGAGAGACGAGUGACAAGUAUUUGUGUUAGCAUGUGUAUACGUGUGUGUGAGAGAAAGCAAAAGAGUAAGCGGUUGGAUUUAAAUAUACCAAAUAAUAAUGAUAAUAAUAAUAAUGAUAAUACUGAUAUUAAGCCAUUGUUACAUGUUUUAAUAAACACUUUGUAAAUGUAAAAUCUUUGCAAAAGUAUUUGCAUAAUAAAACAGUGUAAAAGGGAUUCUGGUCUGGUCCAGAUAACAGGUCUGCAGUUUUCCAAUGGGUUUAACUUCAAUGAAGAAAUAGUUGGCUCAGUGGACUCCAUAGUUUGCUAACUAUGGCUCAGUAAAGUUUUCCACAGUGAAUCAUCAUCCUAUUUAAUUCCUGCUGACAACAUUGUCUGUUCUUGGGAUGCUGAUUAAGGAUAUUAGUCUGAAACAU